UGGAGGGGAGGAGGAGGAGGACACGUUUGGCCAGACAGGGAGUCUUUGUGGCCCCGUGGACAAACACCCACACUCAGCCGAAAGCCUCGGGUCACACUGGACGCCAAACCCAGACGGACGCUCUGCUUCUUUCACCAAACUCCAACUUCAGGUUCAUUCCUCACUCGCAGGGAGACGAUAUGAAGCGCUGCCUCGGACUAUUCCUGCUGGUUUGCUUUGGGAUGCUUGACUUGGGAUCUGGUCUUCGUUGUUAUAAAUGCUCAGAUUACACAGGACGCUGCCAAAACGUACAGGAGUGCACGUAUGAAGACUCCUGCAUAUCACUGAGCGAAAGAGGUGGGAAGACCAUCCGCCAGUGUAUCAGGUACACAGACUGCGAUAACUCUCGUCUCACCCAGAUGUUCCCUGCCAUCUCUGGCUUCACCUAUCGAUGCUGCAGCAGCAACCUGUGCAACUCUGGCUCGGCUGUUACCACGGCAACACCUCUCCUGGCUCUGAUGGGAUCCCUCCUGAGCGUCUGGUGGUGUUGGAUCUAAAUGCAGUGCAGAAAACUAACAGCAGUAGUUAAGUCUUUCAGGAUAUUAAGUGACAUUAACAUGAGCUAAAACAACUGCUGUUUGUUGUAGUUCAGGCUUCUCAGGUCAGGUUCAAGUGUCACCGUAAAUUGAGACUUUUUCAUUUUGUUCGGUCAUUUUCAAUUUCAUAUUGUACAAGUUUAACAAUAAAUACAUGAAAAAAUU